AAACAACCAAAAAGUAUGAGGUUAAGCGUCUUCUAUAUAUUUAUGACAAGACUUGCGAUGACCAAAAACGCAACGAAGGAGAAAAUGGGUUUGAAGUAAGCAAAUAUUGUUGCACUUGUGUUACCUCUACUUCUUAUACUUUUCACUCUUUCCUCUCAAGUUGAAGUCGUGGAAUCUACAGGGCGUAAACUUGCGUUUUGGAGAAAUCCUAUCGUGUGGACUCCACACUCAAAUUCAUGUGGAGGUUCUCCAGCAUCAGUAUUUUCUUCUUCCAAGUGGACAACAGGCCAACCAUGCAGACGUAGUCGUCCUCCAGGAACUAAUAUCCCUGUUUCUGAUCAAUCUCCCUAAUAAGUUACUCUGUGUUAGAAUUUUGAAGUAUCUGUGGUUUUCUGUUUUAGUUUCCUGUCUCAACUCUCAAGUGUAGAGGAAUGUUAUCUCCUACUAUGAAUCAAUGAAGGAACUAAUACUUAUGAUGGUCAAUUACUAAUGUUAUUAUUCAUAAUCAUAAUACAAAAUGGUCAGCUUACGACUAA